GGCUGCUAGACUCCCAUAGAGAGCUGUUAUGGAACUUAUUCAGUUCUUACCCAGAAUAUUCUACACAGUUGUUUAUUAUUCUGUUUUUUUUUUAAAAAAACCUCAACAAUCCUCAUUAAUCCAGCUCCAGUAAUACUAUCCAGUUUUAUACCUCCCACCGAGGGAGGAGGAAGCCUUCCAAGAACAAAUCUGGAGCAACAGAAGGUUAAUAGCAGUGUGGGUAGCUGAUAAAGGUGUAUAUAAAGUUGUUUGCAACAUUUAACAGAACGAAGAGGUAGAGUCAUUUCAACUUUCCACAGGGAAAAAAAGCAAACGGCCCAGGAGUUAGUGGAACAGCAUUCCUCAGUGCUUUCAACCAGGAUGCCCCCUCAAUCAGGAGCCAGUGCAAGCAAGCCAGAGACUGAGCUAGGGGUCCCACGGCUCUUCACCUGGGAGGAGGUGGCGCUCCGCACAGGCAAUGGAGACUUGAAGGAAGAGAGAUGGCUGGUAAUCAACCGAAAAGUCUAUGAUGUCAGUCAGUUCUAUUUGCAGCAUCCAGGUGGGCCUCGUCUCAUCAGACACUAUUCUGGACAAGAUGCCACGGAUGCCUUUGCAGCUUUCCACAAGGAUGAGAAUCUGGUAAAGAAAUAUUUGAAUUCCCUCCUAAUUGGAGAGCUUGCCCCAGAUCAACCGUGCUGUGAGCCCACCAAAAAUGAAAUGCUGGUAAAGGAUUUUCAUGAACUGCGUGCAACAGUGGAGAAGAUGGGGCUCUUGAAGUCAAGAUUGAGCUUUUUUGUUUUCAUGUUUCUGCAUGCUUUCCUACUAGACAUUACAUCUUGGUUUAUUAUCUGGUAUUUUGGAAAAUCCUGGAUGCCUUUCCUUCUUGGAGUAGCAAUGUUCACCAUUGGACAGAUACAAUAUGGUUUUCUCCAGCAUGAUUUUGGCCAUGUGUCAGUCUUUGAAAAGCUCAAGUGGAACAGAGUAGCUCACUUUGUGGUGCUUGGCAUUCUUAAGGGAGGACCAGUGAGCCAAUGGAACCACAUGCAUAACCAGCAUCACGCCAAACCCAACUGCUUCCGCAAGGACCCUGAUCUCAACACGCACCCAUUCCUUUUCAGCCUCGGGAAGAAACUUUCUUUGGAGCUGGGAAGGAAGAAAAAGAAGUAUAUGCCUUACCAGUACCAACAUAAUUACUUUGCCUUUUUUGCACCAUUGUUAUUUACGGUUGGUGUCCACGUGGUUUGCUAUCGCUAUUUAUUUCAAAGAAAAAAAUGGUUGGAGCUGUUUACCAAUCUUUUCUAUUACUUCCGUGUCUGCCUCAUGUAUGUUCCUUUAAUGGGAUUUAAGAGCUUUAUGGUUUACCUCUGGUUAUCCAGGUAUUUAGAAUAUGCAUGGUUUAUCUGGGUCUCACAGAUGAACCACAUUCCAAUGAAUAUUGACUAUGAUCAGAAUUUAGAUUGGUUCUCUGCCCAGCUCACAGCAACAUGUAAUGUGGAUCAAUCUCUAUUCAAUGACUGGUACACUGGGCACUUAAAUUUCCAGAUUGAACAUCAUCUUUUUCCAACCGUGCCUCGUCACAAUUAUUACAAGGUGGCUCCCCUGGUGAAAUCCCUGUGUGCCAAGCAUAACAUUAAGUAUGAGUGCAAGCCCAUGAUCACUGCUUUUGCAGAUAUAUGGCGCUCCCUGAAGGAAUCAGGAAAGGUCUGGCACAAUGCUUAUUACCAGGAAUAAAAUAAAUACCAGCGAGGAAUUGGGAUGGCUCCAUUGUCAUGAAGACCUGCUGUUUUCGCUUAGCCUUUGUGAUUUUAAAAUAUUUUUAAUAAUAAUAGUUUUUAUCUAUUGAUUGGGUUGCAUACAACAACACUACACUCAGUUUUUCAUGAGUUUGACAGCCAUGUAUAUUUGAUGAAUACAUAAAUAAAUUAUCUUGAAAAA